AUGGAUAGUCAAGCAGGUUCCAUUGUUUUGCAACAGCAGCAGUCUCAAGCUCUAUCUAACGGAAAUGGCAACCAGUGUUAUGCUUCAUCAUCCAUGUUGCCGUCAAAUUCUCCCAUCCUAGAAAGUGAUGGUGAAGCGAAAGCGACAAAUCUGAUUAUUAAUUAUUUGCCACAGAAUAUGACUCAAGAAGAAGUGCAUGCGUUAUUUUCGACCCUUGGCGAAAUUGAUUCCUGUAAACUCGUACGCGACAAAGUCACUGGUCAGAGUCUUGGUUACGGUUUUGUUAAUUAUGUCCGUCAAGAGGAUGCCUAUAAGGCUGUCACUUCAUUAAAUGGCCUCAGGUUACAAAACAAAACCAUAAAGGUGUCAUUUGCACGGCCGAGCAGCGAAUCUAUCAAAGGAGCCAAUUUAUACGUGAGUGGUCUGGCUAAAACGAUGAGUCAGCUUGAUUUGGAAGCACUUUUCAAGCCUUUCGGACAAAUCAUUACAUCACGAAUCCUCUCUGACAAUGUUACUGGGAUAUCAAAAGGUGUCGGUUUUGUACGUUUUGACCGGAAAAGCGAAGCUGAAGAUGCUAUCGAUAAAUUAAAUGGAAAAAUUCCUGCUGGUUGCACUGAACCGAUUACUGUUAAAUUUGCCAAUAGUCCUGCAGCAAAUGCUCAAAAAGCACAACUUCAGAUAGCGCAAGCAGCAUCAGCUUUAAUGCCUCUUGCCCUUUUGAGCUCAAUUUCCGCAACAUCUGGACGGCGAAUUGGUGCCGGUCCAAUACAUCACACACCGCAGGCUGGACGUUUCCGCUACACGCCACUAGCUGGAGCUCCUGGUACAACAACUGCAACCACAGCAACGACAUCUAGUCCUGAGCUUAUUACAACGCAACUGUUGCAAAUGGCUGCAGCCACUGGUACUAGCACCUCACCAGUACAACUAGCCGCACUUGCAAAUUCGACACCUUGUGGGAGUGUCGUUGGCACCGGAUGGUGUAUUUUUGUGUACAAUCUUCCUCCUGAAACUGAAGAUGCUGUAUUGUGGCAACUUUUUGGACCAUUUGGCGCUGUUCUAAGUGUUAAGAUUAUAAAAGACUUCUCGACUGGAAAAUGCAAAGGAUAUGGCUUUGUAACAAUGGGACAGUAUGAAGAUGCCGUCACAGCAAUCACUUCACUAAAUGGAACGCAGCUGGGUAAUCGAACUCUUCAGGUGUCUUUCAAAUCUCAAGUGGUGUCAUCAGCAACUCGUAAGCAUUGA